AUGAAGUUAAUUUUAAAAGUAUUUCUAAUAAUUGCAUCGUUCUAUUUUGCAUCAAGCAUUAAAGUGUCAAAGUUUGAAUUAAAUCAAGAGCAUAAGAAUCUAAUUGAAGCAUACAAAAUAAUAAGAAAUGAAGUAAAAAGAAACUUUUCAGCCAAAGGAUUCAAUUUAUUCGUACUUGCAGAUCCAGUAAAUAAAGAAGAGAUUGUAGCAAUGAAAGAUGACAUUUUGAGGUUCGCAUUCGUGACUGAAAGUAUAAGAAUGCUUAAUUUUACUUCAUCAACGAAUGAUCUUUAUAGAUACACAGUAUUGAUAGUAGAUGACAUUAAAUCUUUUAGAAUAACAAAAUUCUUUAUAACAGCAGAAACAUUUAAUUUUUCUGGAUUUCAUGUGAUUAUUUUGAUAAAUGGAGCUAUCAGUAAUGUCCACGAGAUAUUUGAUCAUUUUUGGACUAAUAACCUUUUCAAUGUUAUGGCUCUGAUGAAUUUAAAUCAAACAACUGUGCUUUUAAACUUUGAACCUUACAAAGAUCCGCAGAAAUGUGGCGACACAAGUCCAAAAAUCAUCAACACCUUCAAUUUUGGCAAAUUUGUUGCUCCAAUUGUACUCAAGAAAAGAUUUUACAACAUGAAUCAAUGUCCAAUAACUGUAACAACCUUGUCAGAUGCUGUUGCUGUUUUAAAAGAACCUCGUCUUGAUGGAACUUUCAGUCUACGUGGUCAUGAAAUCAACUUCAUCAAAACUAUUGCUAACAUGCUUAACUUCACAUUGAACCUUAAAUUUCGUGAUGGAAUUUCACAAUGGGGAAUUAUUUACGAGAACGGAACUUGUACACUUGGAUUUGCUGACUUAAAGAGCAAGAAAACUGACAUUUUGAUGGGAAACAUGUAUCUUAAGGAAUCGAGGCUGAAAUAUUUCGGAAAUAGUAUGCCGUACAUGAAUUAUCCACUAUUCUUUGUACUUUCGCCUGAAGAUAAGCUUAGUUGGAUUGAAAAACUAUCAAGUCCAUUUAAGAUUGAGAUUUGGAUUGUUCUGCUGCUGAUGUUUUUAUUUGGAAUUAUUGUUAUUUCAGUUUUAAACCUCAAGUACAAAUUAUUGACAGUAUACGUAUACGGCAAAGGAGUCAAUAAUGCAGCACUAAAUAUGAUUGGUGUCUUUUUGAGCCAACCACUUCCAAUUCUCCCUAACUUGAAUUUCCCACGAUUUAUUCUCAUGAUGUUUAUGAUUCUAAGUCUUGUAAUCCGCAGUAUCUAUCAAGGAUCACUCUACAAAUUUUUACAAUCAGAUGGACGUCAUAAAGAACCGCAAACAAUUGCAGAACUACUAGAAAAAGACUACACCUUCAUCAUGAGUGAAUCAAACUAUGAUUUUGUGAUUAAAUAUCAUAAAAAAAUGUACAUAAAUUCGAAAACAGUUGAAGAACAUGACGGAAUGAAUUUGGAUAAAUUUGCUACAUUAUACAAAAGAACUGCAUCAUUUGCAUCGAAAUUAGAACUAAUGCAAUAUAGUUUGACUCAUGAAAAUUUCCCCUACAAGAUCUGCAAUGAGCACUUUUUCACAGUUAAUGUUGUGCUGUAUUACAACAAAAACUUCUUUCUCAAGAGAACGAUUGAUGAAGCAAUCAGGAAGAUAUUGAAUCAUGGACUGUUAAUCCAUUGGAUGAGAGAAUUUGAUAGAACUGAUAAAUGGAGAUUUAAAGACAGAAAGCCAUCAGUCAUGACAUUCGAUCAUCUUUCUGGGGCAUUUUAUUUACUUUUGAUUGGAAAUGUGUGUGGAUUGAUUGUGUUUUUGGUUGAAAGAUUAAGUUGCACACGUGGUUUCUAA